GUUUCAGAACGGUUCGUGUCCCAAUGCCACGUGUACGGCCCUGAUGCAAUUUCCACGCAUAGUGAUCGUGCAGGGCACUCACAUCAUCUUGGAUUCUGUUUUUCCCUCGACUGCAAAAUCCAAGUCCCUCUCACUGUCAGAUCUGACCAAGAUCUCCGUCCUUACAUUAUCCGGCGUGUUCUCCGGCCACUUAGGCGCCGGGAAGUUCAUCGUUCACCGUCUACGGAUCCCACUGUCAGAUAAAUUAAGUGCAGAAAGUUUGAUCUUGGAAUUGGAAUGUCAAUGUGCAUUGUUGGUGGUAUUAGAUUUGUAUAUAGGAGUGUAAAUAGUUGUUCAACCAGGUCCCUGGCAAUUGCAAAAGCCCCGGCGGAGUGGAGUUUGCAGUGAAUCAACAAAAAUGUCUUUUCAGAAUCAGGGACUUUGGAUGGCAAAGGGUACUGGGUGUUUAAACAAAGGUGAGGCGCUGUAUGAUAAUUCUUCUAGAAUUGAGCCUAAGCGUUCUCAUCAGUGGUUCAUGGAUGGUCCUGAAGUAGGGCUGUUCCCCAACAAGAAACAGGCGGUUGAAGUUCCGCACAGCAAUCUGUAUUCGGGAAUGUUAACUGCGAAUGUUUUUCCGUGGGGAAAUGUUCCUAGUUUUCAAUCAUUCUCUGGCCAUUUCACUGAAAGGCUAUUUGAUUCUGAAACAGACCGUGCUGUGAAUUUUGAUGAAAGGAGCAUUCCGUCUGUUGGAAUGGAAAAGAUGAAUUUGGCUAGUAAAGUUAGUGAGGAUUUAUUUGGGAAUGACUCCUCAUUUGGUCUAUCUAUGUCCAAUACACUAGAAGAUCCUAGAUCCAGUCCUAACUACGGUGGAUUUAGAAAAGUCAAAGUUAGCGAGGUAAAGGACUCUGAGAAUGUCAUGCCUGUUUCAAUCGGACAAGAUUAUGUUCAGGCAGAUAAUGAUGCUGUGUUGGCAGCUCACGCUUACAAGUCUGACAAAAACUCAGCAUCCACCGGCCUCAUUUAUAAGAAGGAGGAUGACAACUUCAUAUCCAUGAGUGAUACCUACCGCAGGGCAGAUAACAGCUUCAUUUCAAUUGGGCAACCUUUUAACGAGGGGGAUGAAAGCAUAUUGAUUGGUCAAUCAUACAAGGAGAGAAAUAACACCCUAUCAGCGCGUCAGACAUUCAACAAAAGUGACAAUAAUAUCAUUUCUAUCGGCCAAACCUACAAUAAGGCAGAGGAAAGUACCAUGUCAACGGGUCAUUUCUACUAUAAAGGGGAAGAGAGUACUAUAUCCGUUGGUCAUGCCUACAGCAAGGGUGACAACAAUAUGUUAUCGAUUGGUCACUCUGAUGAUAAGCGUGAGAGUACUAUCAUAUCCUUUGGCAGAUGUGAUGACGAUGAUGCAAUUACCUCUGCAAUCUCUGGUUAUGAGCUUCUGAUGGGUCAACCUUUUUUUAAAACAGAAGCUGUGAAUGAGAGAGAGUUGGGCAAAUCAAAGUCCUGUGUCCUUGUCAAUAUACCUCAUAUAACUGCUGGAAAUGAAAAUGUUUUGAAAAAGAAAGUUGAACAGAAAACGUCUAAGAAGGUUCCCCCAAACAACUUCCCAUCAAAUGUUCGAAGUUUAUUGUCAACGGGUAUGCUGGAUGGAGUUCCUGUAAAAUAUACAGCCUGGUCACGGGAGAAGGAGCUGCAGGGUGUGAUCAAAGGUUCUGGGUAUCUAUGUGGCUGUCAGUCGUGCAACUUCUCAAAGGUAAUCAAUGCAUAUGAAUUUGAGCGUCACGCUGAUUGCAAAACAAAACACCCGAAUAAUCACAUAUAUUUUGAGAAUGGCAAAACUAUAUAUGGGAUUGUUCAAGAGCUCAGGAGCACACCGCAGAAUAUGCUGUUUGAAGUUAUUCAGACUAUUAUUGGUUCGCCUAUCAAUCAGAAAUCCUUCCAGCCUUUGGAAAGAAUCCUUUUUGGCAGCAACACGUGAACUUCAGCGUAUAUAUGGCAAGGAAGAGGGAAAGCAACUUUCAUGAAGCAAGCUUGUUCGGAGGCCGGACCAUCUUUUGUUUUGUGAAUACAAGUAAUCGUUUUUGGCUGUUACUUGCUACUCACUGACGGUGACUUCCUCACUAACGCAAUGGCUCAGGGUAGUUAUGUCAAGGACAAGUAGUUCUUGUAAAUCUUUGAGACGAACCUUAUGCCAGACUAGAACCUCCGUUUUUAGUCGUUUGACAUAUGGUGACGGGUUGUAGUUUGUAUUUUGUAACAGUCUUGAAGGAAAUGAAAUUUUAAGAUAAUUUAGUA